AUGGCUGCUGAGGAAGCCCAAGCGGCACAGGCGAAGUGCGGCAGUUGUGGCUUGGAGUAUUCCCAAGAGGAAGGUCGUCUACAUGGACGAAACUUCAAGUGUGGCAAUUGCAAGAAUGUGGAGCAGACGUUACGGCGUCAUCUUGGCACCACCGCAGACUUGCAAGAGUUCUCCCAAGAGGAGAGUGAGAAGUUCUUUAAGGCGACACAUGCCGCCAAAUCUCCGGACGGAAAGCUUGCUUGGCAAACCAUCCGGGCGAUCCUGCUGAAGCGCAUGACCGAAGUGAGGAUUAGGUCCUUUGAGAGCAAGGUCGCGCUGUUCAAGGUGCCAGUGCGGACCUGCACAUGGGCGGAAGCUUUUCAAAGGUCGGAGGAAACUAUUCUGGAAAGGGAAAAGCAAGCAAGCAAAAAGAAGGGGAGCAAAGACAUGGACGUGCCUCUCGCUGGCCCAAGCGGCAAGGAGGAAGCGGAUUCGAAGAAGGCUGACCGCAAGAAAGCCCAAGAGGCUAAGAAGGUUGUCACCGAGAACGUGAAGAUUGCAACCUGGGCGGCCAAGUGCCUCGGACCUCUGACCCAAGCGGAAACCUCCCUCACCAAGGUGAUUGCCAAGGGAGACACAGUGCCGGAUGCGGACGAGAAGGCCCUGACACUGUGUAAGGACAAUCUGGUCACGGUGACCGGUUGGAUCAAGGCGGCUAAGGAAGCGGUGUCCAUGCAGGAUCACAAUAAAGAGAAAGAGGAAGAGGCCCAGGUGGCCUUAGUUUCCUUGCCCUGCGACGCAACUGACGUCAAAGUGCUUCUCAAACAAAUUGCGGAAGCUACGAAAGCCCUACGCGGGUCCUUCCCAAAGCCGAAGGCUAAGGCCAAAGCGGUUGCGGGAGCAGAGGCGUCUGCGCCGAAGCGUCGCAGGAUCAAACAAAACCCGAUCGACGAUGGCCCGGGUGCGCAGUUCCGCGCUCUGCGACAGUUGCCAGGUGUCAGCCAAGAGCUGGGGCGAAACAUCGUGUCGCUAUUGCGAGAUGAUGACAGAGGAAAAGGCGUCUGCAAAAGAAAAAAGGAGAUUGCCCCAGAGGCAUGCGGGAUUCAAGUUCGUCUACGGGACGAAGGCAAUCCCGAGAUCGAAAUUGUUGCUAACAGCUUGCCGCGGUUGAUUGAGAAAAAAAAGGAACGAUGUCCACUUUUUUCGCGUUUGUUGGAGGACGCCUUGCUCCGCAACAGAAAUGAGCUCACGUUAGUCCUAGCCCAAGAUGAAACGACCCCAGGCAACGUUCUCUCGAGUCGUCCAGCAAGAAAAACUAAUUGGAUCUUUGCAUCUUUCUUAGAGAUAGAGGCCUUAUGGAUUGAUAGCAUGUGGUUGCCGGUAUCCUGCAUCCUUGCAAAGGAGGCGCAAGACGCCAAAUAUUCCUAUGUGGAAUACACGCGUGUGGUGCUACGGCAUCUCCAUGGCGAGGUGCAAAAUGGCUUUGCACUGGAUGCAUCGGAAGGACCCGUGCUUGUCUUUCUACCCAAAAUAAUUCUAUUGGGGGAUCACGAAGCCUUACGGGCUCUGUCGGGGGCCAAGGGCUCCAGUGGCGCGACGAAGAAGUGUUUGCAAGAGGCAGAAACAGCUCUAGGCUGGAAUGCAGAGAUGUUGCGUCGAUCAGUUGAGCUGGGUCUUUGGUACACGCGUCUUGCCGAUUGCCACAUUACCUUGGACGCGCUGCGUGCAUGGGUCGCUAUUGGUUGGAAAGAUUUAGGGCGUACGCCGCCCAUGCAUUUGUUUUCUGACAAAAUGUUCAAACGCGACACAGACUAUCGCGGAGACGCGCAAGCGUGUCUGGUGGUAUUCCCUCUCUGCUGGGCAUAUAGCAUGGAAAUCUUAAAUGGCCGCUCUGACGUGGCUCAAGCUAUUGCUUCCCUGAAUGCCCUCUACGCUGUGACGCAAGUCAUCCAUGAGAUGAAAAGGCAGCCACGAGCUGUGGUGCAGUUAGAGCCAUUGCAACAGGACCACAUGGAGAAAUUUCGUUUGGCGUACGGUUCGGAGCAUGUGCGUCCCAAAGUUCACUUCUCGCGGCACUUGCGUGAACAAGUUGAGGCUUGGAAACGUCACAUCGAUUGCUUUGUGGCCGAGCGUAAAAAUAAACUAUUCAAGCGCCAAAUUGCGCCGCGUUUGAAUCGGUUGUCAUCUUUCUCUGCCAGCGCGUUGAUGGAGCUCACCCAAUCUGAACUCAACACCGCCCAUGUGGUGGACCGGCUUAUCGGCCAAUUGGUUGGGAAGGGAAAGCCACAUCUGGAAUGGGCCAAAGAAGUCCAUGUGACGCCAGACGCUCUCUUUGCUACGGGCAUCGAAGUGGGGUGCGUGGAGUUCCUACGUGGACAUUUCCUCGUCUUGCACCCCACUCUCUGCCUUGAAAUUCAUCAUGGCAUGAAAAUCCAAGAAAACCAUUACCUGGUGGUUGAAGAAUGGCUGCCCUACGAGGGCCGGCCUACACCAAACUGCCAGCAGUGGCGCCGGAAUGCGCGCGCGAGCAAGUACGUCUUGCCGGCGCACAAAAUGAAAGGCCACGAGCCAUUGCAUCUCAUGCGAAAGGAGCAUGAAAUUGUCUGGCUGCUGCGAUGA